GUAUUUAACACUGAACCGGAAGUUGCGUCUAAUGGCUUAUUUAAAUACCAUAAUGGGCUUCCCCGGGUUUUUCCCGCCAUAUUCAAAUAUGACCUUUCAAGAAAGAUACUUGCAAAUAUAAAUCUCUGAUAGUAUUGACCAAAAAAGCUUUCUAUCGAUGUCUGUUGAAUUUUACAUUUUGGGGGUAGCCGGUGGAGUACACCCGCUUUUUCACGCCGAAGUUUAGUUCACUGAAGAUUGCAGCAGCUCAACGAAAGGGCGGCUUCAUAGCAAUCAGCUUUGGUACUGGUGAGGAAUUUGACAAGUGCCCACAUUAACAGAGGGCGACGUCAGACCGGUACUAUAAUUCCACCUAAUUAUUAUUUUAAUAUGUGACACGUUAGACUAAGUGAAAGACUGUGUAAACACUUGGCCCUUGACAUCGCUUACAGAUAGAACCGAGCACAUGCCUGAGAAGAUAAUAAACAACGAGCCAACCAAGCUAUAAUAGACGGAUACAACGGCAAAUAGCGGACAAAGUUCUAGUAAUUGGUGAGAAAAACUUCUGCUACAGCUAGUAUGGGCUGUGGGUCUUCUCAUGGAAAGCAGCGUCAAGAACGUUCCACGUCGCAAGUCACCAUCGACGCCCAACAGCGAGUGGUCGCUAAGUACCGUCGCCAGAAGAUCGCGCGGGAACGUGAACAGAACACGUACUUGCGUGCGGAGCAGGAGGUAGAGAAAGCGCUACAGAAAAAGCGCGACAGUCUGGGCGUCAUGGACGAGAGAAGACCUUCCUAUGUGCAGAGAAUGUUGGAGGACUUGGCGGAGACACACGAGGAUGGCGAAGAAGCAAAAGAAGAAAAUACUUUACUAGAUAUCUACGCUCUUCCUUAUAAGGAUAUGGAGCUGAGUGAAAACGACGACAAACAGGUCAAACCGGAUCAAAACAGGACUGACCAGAUAGACUCAUCCCACGUUGAAAAAAGUGUUGAAAUAAAUAAAAACGAAACAAAGGCCAGUGGUUUCUGUAAUGAAAGUGUUGAAAAUACUGGGAAUGAUCCAGAAUCUUUGCACAAAAUCAAUACAGACAAAACAAACCCGGACAAAUCUGAAAACACACAUGAAAAUCAGAGGCAGAACAGAAACGAUAAGGAUCCUUACUAUGUGAAAACUGGCGCUAUCGCCAUGGAAACAGAGGAGAGUGAGACAUGCGCAGGGGAUAUGGUCGGAAAUCAGGAUAGUGAAAGCUUGCUGACCGCACCGCGUGCUCAAAAAAAUGUCGAAGAGGAUGUUAACGCGGAAAAAAUCAUCGCCGAUCAAGUAAGGACUAUUUCUGAUGAAACUAAAGAGAUAAAUGCGAGUUCCAAUAAGCCAACGGCUACAACUGAGAACACCAGUAAUGAAAGUGAACAAGAAGUUGGCGGGAGCAAUGCGUUACCAAGAGAUCUCUCUAAUUUACAGCAAGAGGAAGGUCAAAAUAAAGUAUGGGCUGAUGAUAAUGAGGACAUCACAAAGGCGGAUGGAGCAGCUAUAGGCGAGAACAAUGAAAUCGGUAAGGAUUAUGGGACAGAUAACAAGAAGGGUAAUGAGAUUGCAAAGGAUGACGGGACAGAUAGCAAGAAGAUUGAAAUCGCUAAGGCUGAUGGUACAAACAUCGACGAAAGUACUAAGACUUCUAAGGGUGAUGAUAUAACUGAAAACAGAAGUAGUGAGACCACUAAGGCUCGCGAUGGGACAAAAGAAAGCGAGCGAAAUGAGAUGAGAGAUAUACCGACGUAAAACGCUACGUGAUGGCUCAUGGGGUAGACUGAAAACUAGACAAAGACAAUCAGACGAGCCCAGGAAAAAAUGUAGUAAUGAUAGUGCAGUUUAUGAUAGUUGAACAUGUACAGUACAUCAACGAUAAGAAAAAAUCCGGGUAUGUAUCUGGUAGGAAUCAGGGGUAGGGGUAGGGGACAACACCCAAGUUGUCGCGAUCUUGAAAGCUAGUCGACUACCUUUUUCAAUGUCACUAUAAA